CGGCAGUAACAAUACAAUUCAAAGGUAUUUGAUGAUUUUUAUCCUAUUUGAUACAAAAAAGUGCAAGCACAAAAACGUCGCUACUACUUGGGAACAUGUUAACAACGGAAAAAGUGAUCAAAUUCCUUGAAGAUUCUUGGCAAAUGAAAGAUGUUGCAGAAGAGCUCCUGAAUGACCGUGAAAAAUUUCUGAACAAGCUGAUGGUUACCAUUCAAGAGAGGGUGCCAUUUCAAACUUUAUUCAUACGUAAUCUUGCAUUCAUGCUUCCAGAAAAACAAGCAAGCAAGUGGCCUACAUUGGAUGAGAUUGAUCAUGCCUGUAUGUCAGGAAAUGGAGGCAACUGCACAGUUAUCAACUUGUUUAUUUCACGUCUUCUUCAAGCACUUGGACUUUCUAUCUCUGUUAGUCUAGCAGUUGUAACAAGUAAUGUCUUUAAUUCACAUUUAGUUGUGAUUGUUAAAGAUUUGAUCAAUGUGGGCGAUCGUCACCUCAUUGAUGGUGGUUUGGGCUUGCCCUCGUUUCAAGCAAUCCCAUUAAAUUUUAACAAGGAGUCACCUGUUUACCAGAAUUCAUUCCUUGAAUACAAGUUUAUCAAACAUGAUGGUAAAAUUCUUCGCAUGCAUGGUAAAGGAGAUCUGAUGGUCCGUAAUGAUCCACCAAAAGAGCUUGAUUUCAUUCAAGGAAAAUGGAGAAGAUUCUAUGAAUUUAAUAUUGAGAAUAUGAUGGAAUGGCAAAGUUUUGCAGAAAUGAUUCCAACACUUCUAUCUCGUUUCCUUCGCAAGUUUGACCCACGUGCAGCCAGAUUUCCUGGCGGCAAAGCUAUUUUGCUGUAUGCUGAUAUAUUGUAUGUUGAAAAAGAAGACAAGACACUGAAAACAAUCUUUUUAAAAUCAAAAGAAGAGAUAUUUCAGGCAUUUGAGGAUUAUUUCCCCAGCAUUGACAAAGAACUAAUUAAGCAAGCUUAUUCAAAAUGGCACAAGUCAAAAUUAUGAAUAGACAUUUGAUUAAGUACUUUAGAGUUUAGACAAUAAUCAUAAAAUUAUUCUAAGCUACCAUAAACUUUUCAUUGACUGACAUUACCCAAACAUGGAGAGUAUAACCAUACAGAAAUUACAAAAAUUAACAUGUGGG